UUUGAACAAAUAGGUCAUACCUUCUCUGCUCUUCAAACACCACCUCUGCCACUGAAGAGUUUGAAUGUACUGUCUUCUUCUUAGGAAACAGAAUGAAUACAACUUACUGGUUUCCUUCAGUCUAUGAACAUAAAACUCUGCCUGCUAUUUACACCACUGGUUUCAUCAUUGGUCUGGGAGCUAAUGUAUGGGGACUAAAGUCUCUGAUUCAGAGAUGGAAAAUUCUUGGACACAUUAAUGUGUUUCUUCUGAACCUUGGAAUUGCAAAUUUUUUGUUCCUGCCAAGUCUCCCAUUUUUGUCGGCGUACUACUUUAUGAGGAGUAAAUGGAUAUUUGGAGAUGCCUUCUGCAAGAUCACAAGAUUCUGCUUCAACCUGAAUUUAUACGGCAGCAUUGGAUUCCUCACCUGUAUAAGUGUCUACAGGUACCUGGCUAUUGUCCAUCCAAUGAAAGUGAUGGGAAGAAUAACUGUGACUCACUCUGUGGCUAUCUCAGUUUUGAUUUGGCUGUUGGUGAGUGUUCAAAGUUUUCCAGAUAUGUUCUUCCCUAAAAACUCAAAAAAUAUAACUGAAAAAUGCUACCAUACCACAUCUUAUGACUAUGUUGAGGAUUACCUGAAAUACAGUGUUGGCUGGACUCUCACUGGGUUUGUUAUCCCAUUCCUUAUCUUACUUGGCUCCUAUGGACACGUGACUCUUGUUCUCUGCCGCAUUAAUACCAUUGAUAAGGUGGUGAAACAAAGAAGCUUAAAGUUGAUGUUCAUCUUGAUUUUGCUCUUCUCGGUUUGUUACAUCCCCUAUCAUAUUUUUAAGAAUCUCAGCCUUUAUUCAAGAGUUUUGAUCAAACAGAACAUGCGUCCAGCAUGGGAUAAGGGAGUCUUUGGUGCUCAUCAGAUCAGUCGUGGUCUUGUGUGUCUGAAUAGUGUUUUGAACCCCCUGGUUUACCUCCAUGUCAUGGAUAUUCCUGCUCAAAUCAGACAGAUGCUUCAGCGGUCUCGUCAGAUAUUUACUCGUUUCUUUCUGUCAAAGUACGGCAAUGUACCUGUGGCACAAAGUGCAGAUGUUUAACAGGAGUUUAGCAUGAAUGAUUGAGUUUGUUUAUUAUACUGUGCUUCAUCCAGUUAAUUAUUGCUCUCUUUUCCUGUAACAACAGUUUGGGCACAAGUUACUAUAUAAAAGUAUAUAAAUACUUCUAUUUCUGUGUUUGUUCUGUUGCCUUGUAUGUUGUGAAUAACUGAAAUCCAGUGGAACACAUUUUCUAUUUUGGUUUAAAACACAUUGUCUUUGUUUUUUAUGCAUGAUUGUAAUUGCUCUGAAUAAGCUUCACUCAUUUUGACGGAGUCAGUAUCAACAACCAGUUGCUAACAUAUAAUUUUUCUACAAUAAAUGUAACUUAGUCUUUGAAAUAUGUAUUAUUUAAACACCUUACACCAACAACUUUUACUUCAAGAAUAGAUCAGGAGAGAGCACUGGCAUACUACUAAAAUUUGUUUCAUAUUUAGUGUAUUUUUCAUUGUUGGCUCACAGACUGCUUCCGUGCUCUUAUCAAAUGUUUUUUAUAGGUGUGGCUGAGUGCGUGUGGUACAAACCACAGAAAAGCAGCAGUCAUUGUACAACUGUGACACUGACACCUUUAAAAACUGACUGCAUUGUACAUUACAUUGUAUUUAAUUCUUUUAAACACUGCAUUCUUUUUAUUAUUGAUGCGUUGGAAUUAGUGGUCACAUAUCUGUGCAUAGAUCAUGUUAAACAUGUUCAAAAUAAACUGAUC